GAUGAAGAACAAUAGCUGUGAGGGCCCCCAUAUCUUCCACAUUAUGAAUUGACCUGAGAAUGUCUGAUUGGACGGUUGUGAUCUUUUAUUGGUUUAGUAUAUUCAAGACAUGGUCUCCGUCGGAUCACUCAUUAGUCCAUGGCCCACCCACUUGUCCGUCUGCAAUGUUUAGGAAUGGUGACCCGGUGGGACGCCCAUUCUGGGGACAUCACAUGUAUCGGCGGUGGAAAAAAGUAGAGAGAAGAAAAAAAAUAAAAAAACAGAACAUGCGCCACUUGUUGAAAAUUCAGGGAGAGUGAUGCGGCACGGAUCACGAGAAACCAAGGCACAGGCCCCCCCUCCCAACUCCCCAGUGAAAAGGAAAUAGAAUUCGUGGAGCUUUUCUACAUUAAAUACAUUUACAGUGGCCCCCCAAAAUCCAUUCGCCAAUUAACAACUACCCUCCCUCCCAUGACUCCCAUGGUCUUCAUCACCAGCUCCUAUUAAUACUCCCACCUGCUUCUUCUGUUCUGAUCUCAGCCGGAAAAUCACGUCGCCUCCCAAUUCAGGCGCAAUGCCAGUGACAAAAACCCUAAACCUCCAUCAUUAGUAGCUACUGCUAUUAAUUUCAGAUGGGUUGUUGUGUUAGCACCUCCACCCCUCUAAAACAGCAACAGAAACAGAAACAGCAGCAUCAGCAUUGGCCUUCGGAUUAUAGCAGAGGAUGUGAGGGCAAAGCUACUCCGCCUCCUUUGAUGGAGGAGGAGGCUGUCAAGGAAGUGCUCUCCGAAACUCCCGCACCCAAACCCCCUCCUACCGAAGUAGAAGAAGAGAAUACUACCCCUCCCUCUCCCAAACUGGCGUUGAAGAAGGUUGAAGAAGAGGAGAAGAUCCAAGAGAAAGUUCCAGUUAGUACUGUAGAAGAGAUUUCUGAAAUUUCUGAGAUUUGUAGCAUGAGCGAGAGUGUUUCCACGACCACCAUUACCGAGAGGAGAGACGACGAUGAGCGGAGCCGGGACGAGUGUGAGGUGCGGCAGAGGGUGUUGAGGUCUCCGGCCAGGUUCCUGAGCAACCAUCGCCCUCCUUCUGGGGAUUUAGGAGGGAAGAGAGAGUGGGGGGUGGGAAAGUCACCGGCCAGGAGGUCCGAACCGUCGCCUGGCAAAGUGAGGUCAGUUUCCGCCAGAGACGGGAGUCAGCCUACGGUGAGGCAAAUCGAUAGGCGCCGGCGGGACUCUAGCGAGAAUGGCGCACGGAGGUCCAGGUCCCCUGCUACGCGUUCCGAUAAUGGAGCUUCUAGAUCCGGCAUCGGACGGAGCCCAUCAGCAAGGAAGACAGGGCAAUCCCCUAGCCGUGUUCCGGCGGCGGCGGCGCCCGGAAGUAGCAGAAAUGUAGAGCAGACGGAGAAGGAAGGGAAGUGGCCGCCGCCGCCGGCGACGAACGAGUCACUGGAAAAUCCUCUGGUGUCGUUAGAAUGUUUCAUCUUUCUGUAGGAAUAUCCCGGGAGGGAAUCAAAUUGUGGUCCCUCCAGUGAAUGGUCUUGGAUAGGGAGAGUGCCGGAAUUAGGAUCGCCGGCUAGUAGACCCCGCUUCUUUCUUCUUCCACUUUUGUUUUGUUGUAGUCAUGUAGAUAGAAGUCAAAGGUCAAUAUCGGGAUUGGAAGCUUUGUCACUCUCUCACUGAAACUUGCCAUGAUUGCUCUGUGUCACAGUUUUGGGUACCUGGUUACGUAGUGCCAGUAAUUGACCUAAUUUUUUUCA